AUGAUACGCGAAAACACAUCAAAAAUAGUUGACCUCGAGACCUCUCUGAAUCAUGCAUACAAGAGUAUCGAAGAGCUUAAACUUGCAAACACUGCUACGUCUGAGAAAUGCAUUGCUCAGGAGAAGACCAUCGCAGACAUGCAAGAGCGCUUAUCGGAAGCAGAGCGAUACCGGAGAAGGUGGGGGCUACGGCUUUACGGUGUCCCCGAGGACCAGGAUGAGAAUGUGAAGCGCUUAGUAAGAGACAUCUGUAACCGUGUGGCACCGGACUUUCCCGAUGGAUAUAUGGAUAUGGCUGUGGAUGUCGCUCAUCGUAUUGGGAAGAAACAAGAUGCCAUCGUCAGCCGAUCGAUCAUCAUCCAGUUUGCUUUUCGCACAGCGAGAGAUGCAGUUUGGAAGAAAGCAAAGGAAAGCGCCUUUCUGAAAGAAAGAAAACUUAGAUUCGGUGAGGACUUGACUGCAGCAGACAAGGCAGCAAAGGCAAAAUUGUGGCCUCUCGUACAACAGGCCCGAAAUCAAGGAAACGGUGGAUACUACAGGGGAAUCAGAGCUUUUUUCGCCAACGACGAGGCAGAGAAGAGUCUCUCCAGAUCAGAACACCUCAAGAAACACCAGCAGAGAACCACAGGGAAGAAAUCUCACUGCUGUUCUGACUGUGGGAACCGUUGCAAAUAUUCAUCAGAACUUAAAAUACACCAGAGAGCAUACACAGGAGAGAAAUCAUUUUGCUGUAGUCAAUGUGGGAAGAGUUUUGUUCAAUCUGGCUCUCUGACUUUACACCAGAGAACACACACUGGAGAGAAACCAUAUAGCUGUACUCAAUGUGGGAAGAGUUUUACUGUGUCAAGCUCCUUGAUAGUGCACCAGAGAACACACACAGGAGAGAAACCUUAUAGCUGUGGUCAAUGUGGGAAGAGGUUUAAUCGGUCAAGCAGCCUGAUAGUACACCAGAGAGCACACACAGGAGAGAAACCAUAUAGCUGUACUCAAUGUGGGAAGAGUUUUGGUCAAUCUGGCUCUCUGACUUUACACCAGAGAACACACACUGGAGAGAAAUCUUAUUGCUGUGAUCAAUGUGGGAAGAGUUUUACUGUGUCAAGCUCCUUGAUAGUGCACCAGAGAACACACACAGGAGAGAAACCUUAUAGCUGUGGUCAAUGUGGGAAGAGGUUUAAUCGGUCAAGCAGCCUGAUAGUACACCAGAGAACACACACAGGAGAGAAACCAUAUAGCUGUGAUCAAUGUGGGAAGAACUUUGGUCAAUCUAGAGAUCUGACAGUGCACCAGAGAAUACACACAGGAGAGAAACUCUAUAGCUGUGAUCAAUGUGGGAAAUGUUUUGCUGCAUCUAGAAAUCUGACUCUACACCAAAGAACACACACAGGAGAGAAACCUCAUAGCUGUGAUCAAUGUGGGAAGAGAUACUCUGAUAAAAGAUAUCUGAUUAAACAUAAAACAAUACAUGUUGUUUCAUGAUAUCAAUGAAAUGAUGUCACAAUGUAGAAUGUUUUAACAUUGUAGAAGCAGUAUUUUAAUG